GGUGAGUAGGGGGUGGAUGGGUGGUUCUCUCUGCAGGACAAACAAGUGCAUAUGGGAGGAGCCUGCAGGGCCCGGCGUUAACUCAGCACCUACCUUCCGACCUGGGAUGAGCCCUACUGCAUUGCGAGCCGAACCGGGCCCACGUCUGUCUUGAUUCAUCGGUUCCCAAUCAGCAUUCCGCUGCAAUGUCGGGGAAGCUGAGCAGCAAGGAGAUGGGCCAGUCCAGCCAGUAUGUGGGGCCUUACCGGCUGGAGAAGACCCUUGGGAAGGGACAGACCGGACUGGUAAAGUUGGGUGUCCACUGUAUAACAGGGCAGAAAGUGGCCAUAAAGAUUGUCAACAGAGAAAAACUGUCAGAAUCAGUUCUCAUGAAGGUGGAAAGAGAAAUAGCGAUUCUCAAACUAAUCGAGCACCCUCACGUUCUGAAGCUGCAUGAUGUCUAUGAAAAUAACAAGUAUCUGUACCUGGUGUUGGAGCAUGUGUCUGGUGGGGAGCUCUUUGACUAUCUGGUGAAAAAGGGAAGGUUGACCCCCAAAGAGGCCAGGAAGUUCUUCCGGCAGAUCAUCUCCGCUCUGGACUUCUGCCAUAGUUACUCCAUAUGUCAUAGAGACUUGAAGCCUGAGAAUCUUCUCCUGGAUGAGAAGAAUAACAUCAGGAUAGCAGAUUUUGGCAUGGCCUCACUCCAAGUUGGGGAUAGUCUACUGGAAACUAGUUGUGGAUCCCCACAUUAUGCUUGCCCUGAAGUAAUAAGGGGAGAGAAGUACGAUGGCCGCAGGGCAGAUGUCUGGAGUUGUGGAGUCAUCCUCUUUGCUCUUCUUGUGGGUGCUUUGCCGUUUGACCAUGACAACCUACGGCAGCUUCUAGAAAAAGUUAAAAGCGGAGUGUUCCACAUGCCCCACUUUAUACCCCCUGACUGUCAAGCAUUGCUCAAAGGAAUGAUAGAAGUCAACCCUGACAAGAGACUCACGUUAGAAGCAAUACAGAUCCACGCCUGGUACCAAAGCGGCCGAAAUGAGCCAUGCCCUGAGCAGCCACUGCCCCGCCGUGUGUGCGUCACCAGGGUGCUGUCGUUGACCGACCUGGACCCCGACGUCCUGGAAAGCAUGUAUUCUUUAGGGUGCUUCCGGGAUCGGGUCAAACUCACACGGGACCUUACAAGUGAGGAAGAGAACCAGGAAAAAAUGAUUUACUACCUCCUGUUGGACAGAAAAGAGCGUUACCCCACCUAUGAGGAUGAGGAUCUGCCCCCCAGAAAUGACGCUGACCCUCCCAGGAAGCGUGUGGACUCCCCUAUGUUGAGCCGUCAUGGACGCUGUAGACCUGAGAGAAAGAGUCUGGAGGUCUUGAGUGUCACUGAUCAAGGCUCUCCCACCCCCCCUCGCAGGAACCUGGACACUAAUGCACACAGUCAAAGGUCUCGUUCGGUGAGUGGAGCGUCCACAGGUCUGUCCUCAAGUCCUCUCAGCAGUCCCAGGGUCACGCCGCAGGGCUCGCCACUCCCCACCCCGCUGGGCACGCCCGUGCACCAAAUGCAACACCCUUCCUCCACCACCCCUCCCUCCUCUUCCUCCUCGUCUUCUUCUCCCAGAGCGGACGGGUCCGGGGGGGCUUCUCUGUCGCUGACUCCGCCCUCCAGCCCGGGGAGCAGCGGCGGUCUGGCCUCUUCAAGCUCCGCCCACUGGAGGACAAGGCUCAACUCGUUCAAAAACAACCUGCUGGGGUCGCCACGAUUCCAUCGACGCAAACUUCAAGUUCCAACUUCAGAGGACAUGUCAAGUUUGACUCCAGAGUCCAGUCCAGAACUGGCUAAAAAAUCCUGGUUCGGUAACUUCAUUAGCCUGGAGAAGGAGGAGCAAAUCUUUGUUUUAAUUCGAGACAAACCCCUCAGCUCGAUAAAAGCCGACAUCGUUCAUGCGUUUCUCUCUAUCCCGUCCCUCGGCCACAGUGUUGUGUCUCAGAACAGUUUCCGGGCAGAGUACAAGUCCUCCGGUGGCCCCUCUGUCUUCCAGAAGCCUGUCAAGUUCCAAGUGGACAUUGGUUUCUCUGAGGGAGACAGAGAGCAAGAGAGGGAGCGAGCAGAAAGGGAAGGCAGAAGAGAGAUGGGUAUAUACAGCGUCACUUUCACCCUAAUAACAGGUCCCAGUCGCAGAUUCAAGAGGGUGGUGGAAACCAUUCAGGCUCAGCUCCUUAGUACUCAUGAUCAGCCUUCUGUGCAGGCACUGGCUGAUGAGAAGAACGGCAAACCUUCCCGCCCGCCCAGCACACCUUCGCGUCAGAAUUCUAGGCGUUCGGAAAGCGACUGUGAGAAAGAGCGCGCGGUGGACGCGGCGAGCGCAAGCGGAAGCCACGCCGGGAGCGUCUUACAAAGGCAAGGCUCGGGGAAAGACAAGGCCAGACUUCUCUCUGCCACCAACGGGACGCAGUCGCAUCCCUGAAAAGAAUGUCGCGAAGGAGAGGCGGGAUAUCUCCUUUUACCCUUUCCUGUAUCCUUCCCACAUCAUCGCAGUUUUCUUCCUUUCUGCCUUGCUCUUUGGCCAUCAUUCCCACGCAAAGGAUUGGCAGAUUUGCUUUAAG